AUGAAGUUCACCAACCUUGCUCUCGCCGGCGCUGCGCUGGGUGUUGUCAAUGCCGGCCCUGUUUCCAAGCGUGCCAUCACUGACGCCGACAUUCUCAACUAUGCUCUCACCCUUGAGCACCUCGAGGCUGCUUUCUACGAACAGGGUCUCAAGAACUACACCCAGGCCGACUUUGUCAAGGCUGGCAUGAAGGAUCCCUUCUACGCCAACUUGAAGGAGGUCGCUUCUGAUGAGGUCGAGCAUGAGACUUUCUUGACUUCUGCUCUGAAGGCUGCCGGUGCCUCUCCUGUUGCCCGCUGCACCUACAACUUCCCAUCCACCGAUGUGAACAGCUUCUUGGCUCUCGCCAGUGUGCUCGAGGGUGUCGGAGUCAGCGCUUACCUCGGUGCUGCCGCGCACAUCAUGAACGAUACUUACCUCACUGCGGCCGGCAGCAUCCUCACCACUGAGGCCCGCCACAGCGCCUACCUGCGCGCCGCCCUCGGCGAGGUUCCUUUCGCUCAGGCAUUUGACAACCCCCUCGACUUCAACGAGGUGUACACUGUCGCCUCCCCCUUCAUCGCUUCGUGCCCCUCCAGCAACGGCAUGCUCCCCGUGAAGGCCUUCCCCUCGCUCACCAUGGAGUCCAUGGAUGCCGUCAUGACCGGUGCCAAGGUCCCCGUCACCGCAGGCAAGGGCUUCGACACCAAGGCGACCGACAUCAGCGCCGCCUUCAUCACCGUCACCGGACCCGUCUGGGCCCCCAUUGAGUCCAUGGGUGAUGGCAAGUUCACCGUGACUGUGCCCAAGGGUGUUGCCGGUCAGAGCUACUUCGUCCUGACCAAGGGCAACACACAGGCGACUGAUGACAACAUUGUCGCCGGUCCGGCCAUCGUCGAGGUUGGCAAGAAGGGCACUAUGGGUACCCCCAGCGGUAUGGCCGCCAUGGGUAUGGGUGGCAAGCACAGCAGCAUGACUAUGCCCACUCCUUCAUCGUCCAUGUCCGGUGCUUGGACCAGCUCCUCUGCCACUGCCUCUCCUUCUGCUUCUCCCAUGUACACUGGCGCUGCUCAAAAGAUGUCCGGUAGCAUUGUCGGUGUUGCUGGUGCUGGACUGGCGGUCGCUGUGGCGCUCCUCUAA